AAAGAAUAAUUGAAUUGUAGAAAAAAGCCUCAAGAAAUUCUUCUCUUUGUCUUGUCUAUCACUAAUUCACACACGAUUUACCCAUUCGUAUCGUGGCUUCAAUAGACAGUUUAUAAACUGCCGUCUCUGUCCCCAACCUGAUAAUCCCAUGCGAUAUUUUUCGAUUUUUUAAGUUCCUUCAUUCAUUCAAAGUUCAAAGUUUGGUUCUUUAGCGACUUGGGAUAGGGGACGACCGGGCUCUUGUCUAUUUUGGCUGUUUCAUGGUGAUUUGGAGCCAGACUAGGGGGAGAGUUGGGGUAGAAUCUGAGAUGGUAUUUUAGUGAUUUUGUGGAGAUCUGGGUUGGUGAAUUCCGUGGAGAGAUAUGGAGCCUCCAAAAGGAGUUUUGGCUUCAUUGUGGCACUUCAUCUGCUUUCUCCCUUACUUCCUUGGCCUCCUGCUUCUGGGCAUAAUCAAAGGAAUCAUUUUCUGCCCAUUGGUAUGCCUUAUCGUGACAGUUGGGAACUCUGCACUCAUAUUGGGUCUUUUGCCUGUACAUGGUUUCUGCACUUACAACUCGGUUGUGAGAGCGAAACAAUUGGGGCCACUUCUGAAGCUUGUUGUCUGCAUAUGCAUCCCAGUUUUAUUGAUAUUAUGGACUGUGUUUAGCAUUGUUGGAAGUAUCAUAGGGGGGACACUGUAUGGCUUUCUUUCACCAAUAUUUGCCACUUUUGAUGCUGUAGGAGAAGGAAAGACUGAUGUGACUUUCCACUGUUUUUAUGAUGGAACUUCGAGCACUAUUAAGCGCAGCUUUACUGUCGUCAGGGAUUUCAAAGAUGUUUGUUACCACUCCUACUUGUCAGUUUUGGAAGAACUGCAAAAGCAAGAACUACCACAUGGAAAACGCUAUGAGAUCAGACUGCUUUUGCUUCCUGGCGCUAUUAUAGCUGCAUUGCUUGGCUUCAUCAUUGAUUUUCCUGUGAUUUCACUUGUUGCCCUGUGCAAAAGUCCUUACAUGCUCUUUAAGGGGUGGCAUCGUUUAUUUCAUGACCUUAUAGGCCGAGAAGGACCUUUCCUGGAGACAAUAUGUGUACCAUUAGCUGGUCUUGCAAUUCUUCUCUGGCCAUUAGCUGUUGUUGGGGCAGUGCUAGGCUCCAUGGUAGCAAGUAUCUUCCUUGGUGCCUUUGCAGGGGUGAUUUAUUAUCAGGAGUCCUCAUUUUGGUUUGGUCUUUGUUAUAUCGUAGCAUCCUUGGCUAUUUAUGAUGAAUACAGCAAUGACAUCCUUGACAUGCAAGAAGGGUCUUGCUUUCCGAGGCCUCAGUAUCGAAGCUCACAGCCACCCACCUCUCAAACAAACUUCUCAAGGCCCAGCUCUUUCAAAAACCCUCCCACUCGCACAACUUCAUUUUCAAAUCCAAUGGUUGAUUUGAAGCCACUAGAGCUACUUCACAGAUUAUUUAAGGAGUGUCAAUGCGUUGGAGAAAUUAUGGUUUCCGAAGGACUUAUAACUCCUAAAGAUAUUGAAGAUGCUAAGUCUACAAAAGGUGCCAAAGUGGUUAGCAUAGGCUUACCAGCUUAUUGCCUUCUUCAAUGUCUUUUGCACUCUGCACAAGCCAACUCAGCUGGCAUAUUGUUGGGUGAUAAUAUUGAGAUAACCCUUACAAAUAGACCAAAAGAUACCAUCUUUGAUUGGUUUCUUAGCCCCUUUCUGAUCAUGAAGGAUCAAAUUAAAGCAGAAAACCUCUCUGAGGCUGAAGAGGAGUAUCUUGGUAAAUUAGUUCUGUUGUGUGGUGAUCCUGCAAGGUUGAAGAAUCCGAAUAUUGGUGCAACACCUGAAACUGAGCGCAAGAGAGCUGAACUUGAUGCAUUAGCCCGAAGGCUACAAGGAUUAACCAAAUCUAUCUCGAGGUAUCCCACUUUCCAGCGUCAUUUUGAGGAUCUUGUCAGGACUCUGUCAGAUAAUCUUGCCAAGAAGAAUGAUGAAAGCAGAUCAAGCAACGGGAGUAAAACCAUGCAACGAUCCAAGAGUGCCUUUGUACGAUUGUUUAGCCAGAAAUCUUUCAAAGGGAAAACAAAUAACAACAACGGAUCUGAUCAGGAAUCACAAUCAGUUACAGGUAGGGAUGUGGAAAUUGUAUGAUCAAGAGUGUUGAUUUUAUGAGCACAUUGACUUGUUAGCCUCUUUGAUUUUGAAUGCUUGUUGCCUACACCAAAGAAGACAAAUAAUGCAAUUGAAUUAACAUGUACCUUGUAGGUAUAUAGGAUAUAUGUCUUCUUGUAAUGAAAUUGAUUUGUAAAAUGCUGCUGUUGUUUUCUUCAUUUUUUCUUCAGACAUUUUCUCUUCCAAAUGUAAAGAAUGAUUACUAUAAAUUUUUUUUUUAAAA